UCUCUCUUUUCAUUAUCCGAGAAGGAAUAUACCAUAAAUGGAUCUUUCACUCGGAUCUUUGCUUCCCAUACUCGUAGCUUUCCUUUUCAUAUCCUCUGUUUCCGCAAUUCUAUUCAAGAAAACGAAGAAACCUGAAAACAGAAAAGCUCCUGAACCGGCCGGUUCAUGGCCCAUAAUAGGUCACCUUCACCUCUUGGGCGGUAAAAACAACCUUCUCUACCGCACGUUGGGAGCGUUAGCUGACGAUUAUGGGCCAGCGUUCGGUCUGCGGCUCGGUAGCCGUAAGGCCUUGGUGGUGAGCAGUUGGGAGGUGGCUAAGGAGUGUCUCACCGCGAACGACAAGACCUUCGCUUCACGUCCAAACACCGUGGGCGCAAAACUCAUGGGUUAUAACUACGCCCUCUUCGGCUUUGCGCCCUAUGAUUCUUAUUUCCGUGAAAUGCGCAAGAUCGUUACCUUUGAACUUCUCUCUAACAGGCGUAUUCAGAUGCUUAGGCACGUCCGUAUAUCCGAAAUCGAGAUGGGCAUCAAAGAUAUAUAUAGCUUGUGGUCCAAGAAAGGCGGUUCGGGCCCAGUCCUUGUUGACGUGAAGCAGUGGUUGGAGGACUUGAACCUGAACAUGAUCGUGAAACUGGUGGCCGGGAAACGCUACUCGUUCGGGGAUGCUACAGCGGAUGAAGCUGAUGAGGCGAGACGAUGCCCAAAGGCCACAGCUCGGUUCUUUCAACUGAUGGGCCUUUUUGUCAUAGCCGACGCUUUUCCAUUUCUGGGACGUUUUGAUCUGCAGGGCUAUGAGAAGGAGAUGAAGAAGACUGCAGCCGAGAUCGAUGGAAUCCUUGAAGGAUGGCUCCAAGAACAUGAAAGAAGGAGAGCUUCGGGGGAGAGUGAAGGUGACUCGGAUUUCAUUGAUGUCAUGUUGUCGCUUGCCGAUCAAGGGAAGCUGUCCGAUCUGAAGCACGAUGAAAGGACUUGCAUCAAAUCAACUUGCCUGGCAAUGAUUCUGGGAGGAAGCGACACUCUAGUAGGAACACUGAUAUGGGCCUUUGCCCUUCUCGCAAACAACAGAGAAAUACUAAAGAAAGCACAAGAGGAAAUAGACUUCCACGUCGGCAAAGACAGAAAAGUCGUGGAUUCAGACAUCGAAAACCUAGUGUAUCUACAAGCAAUCACAAAGGAAACCCUAAGAAUGUACCCUGCAGCCCCUCUCUUGGGCCCGCGAGAGGCGACUGAAGACUGCACGGUCGCGGGUUACCACGUUACAGCGGGGACGAGACUGAUGGUGAACGUUUGGAAGAUCCACAGGGAUCCAAGAUUUUGGCCAAACCCAGAAGAGUUCAGACCAGAGAGAUUUCUUACAGGGCCGGCAUCAGAGUACAGCGUCAGGGGACAAAGCUUCGAGCUCCUACCGUUUGGUUCGGGAAGAAGAUCAUGCCCAGGAAUUUCAUUGGCUCUACAAAUGCUUCAUCUGUUGCUCGCCCGAGUCCUUCAUUCCUUCGAUCUGACCACUGUUUCGGGUUUGGACGUCGAUAUGGGCGAGAGCCCUGGUUUGACCAUUCCUAAAACCAAACCUCUCGAAGUUCUCCUUAGCCCUCGCCUCAAGAAAGAGCUUUACGAGUGUUAAAGGCUCUAAUAACGCAUAGAAUGGGACUUGAAAAUGACCAUCUGGUUUGAAUCAGAUUGAAGAUUAGUAUUUAUCAAUGUUUUUUAAUUGACAUAUAUAUAUGGCCUAAAGUCUUUGUACACAAUUUCACCUUAUACCCCCCAAAAAAAGUCUUUGUACACAAUAUAUAUACGUGUGUGAGUAAAAGAGCGUCCCCAUCACAAGGACUUUGUACUAUUAUAUAUAUAUAAUGUUCAAUAUUUUAGAUGA